UGACUCAAGGGAUGCUACCCUACCCAAUGGAAUCCAUCAUGGCCGCCGAGGAGAACAGCACAAGCUUGUCUACGCCCAGUCCGACAUGCCAUGAUACCAUUGACGAAUUCCGAAAUCAUGUGUACUCUACAGUGUACUCCAUCGUCACCAUGGUGGGCUUUGUAGGAAAUGGCUUUGUGUUGUGCGUCCUGAUAAGGACAUACCAGGACAAGACAGCUUUCCAGGUGUACAUGCUCAACCUUGCUAUUUCGGACCUCCUCUUUGUGUUCACCCUACCUCUGCGGGUGGUGUACUACAUUAACAACGGCAACUGGUUCUUUGGCGAUUUCUUGUGCCGGAUCACUUCUUACGCCUUGUACGUCAACUUGUACUGCAGCAUCUUCUUCAUGACGGCCAUGAGCUUCUUCCGCUGCAUAGCCAUUGCUUUCCCGGUCCAGAACAUUCAUUUCUUAACGGAGAAAAGAGCCAGGCUGACCUGUGUGACUAUUUGGAUUUUCGUGAUGCUGACGAGUUCACCGUUUCUGCUGAGAGGCUCAUACGAGGAUCCGGCAACCAACAAGACCAAGUGCUAUGAACCGCCAGCGCCCGAGAUGGUCCUGAAGCUGAUGGUCCUGCAUUAUAUUGCAUUGCUUGUUGGGUUCAUUGUGCCUUUCGUCAUCAUCACCAUCUGCUGCACCGUGAUCAUAAGGGCCUUGCUGAAAAACUCAUUGCAUAAGAAGCAAGAAGCCCGCAGAAAAGCGGUCUGGAUGGUCAUCAUAGUGACCUUGGCCUUCCUGAUCAGCUUCUCUCCUUACCAUGUUCAGCGCACCGUCCAUAUCCAUUUUCUGAUGAGAAAAGGCGCCAGCUGCGAAGACGUCCUCUACAUGCAGAAGACGGUGGUGAUCAGUCUUUCUCUAGCGGCUACGAACUGCUGUUUCGACCCGCUUCUCUAUUUCUUUUCUGGGGGCAACUUCCGCAGAAGGCUUUCCACUUUCCGGAAGGCUUCAGCCUCCAGUGGGUCCCAAUUGCACAGGAUGAAGUUGUCCUCAAAGAACUUAGAUGAGGAAGGAUCUAAGGAGAAGAUGCAAGAAGCAGUUGGAUCCUAUCCUUCCUCUCCUUUGCAGAAUCACAGCUGUGAUGUGACAAGAAGCUAG